AAAUGUAUGGCUGGAUUGUGGUGUAGGACUAGGGAUGACAAAUUACAUGAAAAAUGACAAUCGAGUGAUUUACAACGGGCGCAUUUUCAAUUUUUGAAAAUGUGCGUGCCAAGGGUCGGUAAAUGCGUAGUGGUAGCCAGUCAAAGCACAGGUUGGAGUGUCUAAAUCUGAUUAUUAGGUAAACUGGAUUGUGACGUAGGGUUUUAAAACUGCAGGGAGCAUCACACAGCCUUGACCGCGCUAAGUAGUCACUGCUUGGAGGCGUAACAUUAACUGUAAAGGCUCUCCCCUGUUGUGACGGAUAUGACUCCACAAACAGUAUCGUAGUUGACAGUUCAAGGGCGAGCUCCAGCAAGGAUGGCGUCCUUUCUACAGAUAUCUGACGAUGAAAAGGGACACGAGCUGGGUCUCUUUUGUGUCCCCAAACACUACGAGGACGAUUUAGAUCGUGUCAUUAUUCCACACGGACUCAUCAUGGAUAGGACUGAACGCUUGGCCCGAGAUAUCAUCCGAGACAUGGGAGGACAUCAUAUAGUUGCUCUUUGUGUGCUGAAAGGUGGUUAUAAAUUCUUUGCCGACCUGCUAGAUUACAUCAAGGCACUUAAUCAGAACAACGAUAAGUCUGUACCAUUGACUGUGGAUUUCAUUAGACUUAAGAGCUACUCAAAUGAUCAAUCAACAAACCAAGUGAAGGUUAUUGGUGGCGAUGAAUUGUCUGCACUAACAGGGAAAAAUGUGCUUAUAGUUGAGGACAUUGUGGAAACGGGCAAAACCAUGGAAACACUGCUGUCGCUGCUAAAUGACUAUCAUCCCAAAAUGGUGAAAGUAGUCAGCCUCCUGGUUAAGAGGACACCUAGGAGUUCAGGAUACAGACCUGACUAUUAUGGGUUUGAAGUCCCUGAUAAAUUCCUUGUGGGAUAUGCAUUGGACUACAACGAGUACUUCAGAGACCUCAGCCACAUCUGUAUCCUGAGUGAGCAUGCAAAAGAAAAAUACAAAGUGUGAGAGGAGCAGGAUGGACUCAGAUCACUGUGAAUGAGUUUCCUGUUUUAUUUCAGUUCAAAAUCUAAUUUAUUUUUCUACAUUUAUCUGAGAACACUGAAUGUGAAAUCAUUUUUCAAGAUGCUGUGGUCUGGCAGGGGUAACACACAAUUGAGGGGUAAAGUGGAAUAAUAUGAUACAGUUAGUUAAUCAUUCAAAGACAUUAUUUUAAUAGCAUUAGAUAUAUAUGUAUGAGUUAUAUUAAUUUAUUCUAUUUAUCUUAACAAUGGAGGCCUUGGGUAUAUUGGAAGGCAUUUUUUUAUGUUGUUAUAUUUUGAUUUAACGUCCCUGUGAUAUCAAACAAUCUCAGGCUAUAAUCCUUGUGGAAAAAAAAAAAUAUUCUAAAUUUGAGUCCAUUAUUAUUUGUCCUUAAUCCACGAGUCUGAUAUUAUUUACUCUCAUUAUGAGGGGCUAGACUGUACUUUGUAACAGCCUGAGUUUUUGUUAGUCUUAUCAAGACUUGCAUUAUGACAAAACUGGAUCCUGUAUGCUGGUCUGUUUUGUGUCUUUUCAUGAUGGACUCAUGAUGUUCUGCAAUAAUAACAAUAAAAAGUCAAAAACAAGAAAAACUAAAA